AUACAUAUACGAAUAACCAUGGCUGUGUAUGUCAAAAAUAACUUUUUAUUGGUUCCUUUAGUAGUGUUUUCUCUUCUUGUUGCCUCAUCAUACGGAAGAUUCAUCAGUAUCAAAAUUUCAGAAAGUGAUGUCAACACCAUCUGCUCAAAAGCGAAGAAUCCAUCAUUCUGCUCCAACUUCUUCAAAUCGACUCCUGAAACUAAAACAUUGGAUCUUUCUGGUGUUGCAAAACUUUUGAUCAAUGAUGCAUCAAAAGAUGCUUUAGACGCACAGAAGCAAUUCGACUCAUUAGCAAAAAGCGCGUCUGAUCCUCGUUCUAAGAAUGUUUAUACUCAAUGCUCAGAAAAUUAUCAAGAUGCACUUGGCGAGUUUGAUGAUGCCCUCAAAGCUUUGGCAGAUAAUGACAGUGGCAGUUUAAACAUUAAGGUCUCAGCUGCGAUGACAGACGGAGACUCGUGCAACUCUGAAUUGCCAAGUGUUAAACCUAGUCCACAACUCUUGCAGAUGGUUUCUGAUAUCGACAAUCUCUCAGGCAUUGUUUUAGUGAUUUCUAACAUGUUACCUAAAAAUUAA